AUGGCCGCGGCUGGCGCGAGGGCUCAAAAGCCCGUUGGUUCUGCCGCAUGGAUCGCGGCAGAGAAAGAAAAUAUGGCGGAGCUAGUCGAGCAGGAAAUGGAAGAGGUCGAAUACCCUGUCCGCCAUGAGAUGGACUGGUUAAAUGAACACAUGUCUGAGAUCUUCUCGAAUGGUCAAUCUAACUUCACCGAUGUGUUCAAAACACCUGGCAAAAUGAGAGGCAAGACACCUCGCACCGCACGGAAGCGAAAUGUGGUGGAGGAAAGCCGAGUGCCUCUGAGCGAGAUCUUCUCUUCCACUCAUAAACAAGCCGGUAACAAGGCCAGCCCGAGUCCCUUCAUUCAUCGCGUAAUCUCCAAAACUACAGCGACAGCCGCUUCUGCUUCUGCGUCCGCUUCUCCCCGCCCCAAGAACACAGAGAAGGAGCCACAACCUCAAUACCCAGAUCUCAGCCAAAAUCUCAACUCCUUCCAGAAAUACAACACUGACUCGGGUUAUCAUGGCAUGGAAGAUGACGACAUGGUAUUUUCCGAUACACAGCCCGCUACACAGCCAGACACGCAAGUUUCCACACAACCAAUGGAGGUGGAUGAACAAGUAGCCUCACUUACUCAAGUCAAUUUUUCCAUGAGUCUUCAAACAGCCGAGGAUUCAUUCCAUUCCGCCCAAGAAGAUGUUCGCGCCCGUGGAGAAACUGCUGAUCCCACGAACAUGGACCCGACUCCCACACAAGAGCAGACUGCAACACCGAAGAACGCGAUUUCUAAGAAAACCGAACCUGAACCUGAACUAGGCUCCACGCCCACACCCAAGACUAAAUCUCAACCCAAAGCCACUGGGGCCAAACAAAACCCGCCUGCGAAGCCGACAACUUCGCCAGAACCCGAAGUUCAUGACGAACCUUCGUCGAACCCUCAAUCUUCACCUGAGAAACCUGUCGCCACUACCAAAUCCACUCGUAUCCAGGACUCUGUAGAUCAAGAUACUGAGCUGGAAGAUAAUUACAAGGAAGACACUGUCUUGGACUUCGAUGAUAUUGGGUCUCCCUCCGACAACUCUACUCCCGAACGUCUGCCUGUUCGAAAAAGCAGUCUGAGUUUUGCCUCUCUUCCAGCGCGUGAGCCUCUUACAAAGAGCAUUGGAGGCUCGCGGCUAUCUCGUACCAGCCACAUUGAUCUUCCAAAGCUGAGCGGCACCGGUCGACUCAGCUACUUGGGCAGACAGACUGGAGGGAACAGAACGACCCAGGUCGGAUCAGAUGAAAACAUCAAUGCCGCUGAUUCCAUGGAUGUUGAUGAACAGAAGGAUACCAGCAAUGAUAUGGAUGCAGAGCAGGCUAGCAAAUUGCACAGCACCAAAUCAACCCAGAGUCUUCACGAAAGAAUUAGCAUGCUUGGAAAGGCACAACCAUCACGGCCAAAGAAGUCCAUUGCAGCCCCAGCUGCAGGUCUGGCAUCUGCCAAGGAAAUUGCUUACCCAGAUCUACCUGCUUCUAAACCAGAUGCGCGAAACGAGACUUCUGGCUCCAAAACUCGUGAAACUCGUGAAACUCCUCCAACCUCAGAACGUGCGACCGGUGGAGAGGAAGACUGGAUUCCCCAAACGUCUACUCUCCAAAGGAGUAAAACAGCGGAUGUCAUGGAGAAUCUCAAUGUGGGCAAGAAAGACACUUCUGCCGCGCAAGAAAAACAGUCAGCUGAGCCAGAACGCCCCAAAUCUUCAUAUUCUAUAUUCUCCUCGCCCCGGCCUCAUGGUCAUCAACAGAGCGCCUCUACAUCCAUUCUGAACACGGAAGCUUCUACCACCCCGACCGGAUCGCCUCGGCGCUAUGAUGGCCCACUCAGCGCUUCAAAGAUGAGGUUACAGUCAAUUAUGAAGAGCGCGAAGGGACUGUUCACAAGCACUGGAAGUUCCACCAAGUUUGAACCAUCCUCUCCCGAGCAACCACGUGUCAAGGAACGGGCGAGUACAGAAGAACACGAUGUUGAAAAUGAAUCUCCAGCACCCGAGCCUCGCAAGGCCACUCCCCCACGACAGGAAGGCCGACGAACUCGUAGCUCGACAGAGAGAGAGGAGAAACAGCGCCUGAGGGAGCUUGAGGAGCGACAGCGCGAAGAAUCGCGUCAGGAGCAGCUGCGGGAACAGGAGAGGCAGCGCGCUAUUCAAUUGAAAGCAGCUCAAGAAAGGUCAUCUGUGGAGCCAGAGGAACGAACAACCUACAAGACCUCGCACUUGCGACAACCAAGCCGUGACCCUGAAUCUGCUCAUGAAGGCUCCAGAAUUGCCAUGCCCCAAUCGAAGCAGAAUGAUCGACGCCCAAGACCAACUCGCGAGCCUAUGCAAAAGCCGAAACCUCAGCCUCUUUCCGUGCGUGUUGGCAGUACUCUUCCCCGCGGAAUGACACUGGGCUCCUCUACUUCUACCAACACUAAUACUCAGGAAAUGAACGCCCCUGCCCCCACGCCUGCAUCCAAGCAGAGCACUCUGAAAAAGAAGCCCAGCAAUAACUCCUUGCAUACGACUUCGUCUACAAGCAGUUUCAAGAGCUCCGUCUCAACUCAUUCUCAAGCACAGUCUCAGGCCCAGCGAAAGGCCCAGCUUGCAAGUGAAAGAAAGCGCGAACAGGAAGAAAGAAAACGGGAGCAGGAAGAGAAGAAACGAGAACAAGAGGAGCGUGAUGCACGUAAGAAGGAAGAGCAGAGGCGAGAGCAAGAACGAAAGCGAGCUUUACAGUUGCAGCAGCAAGAGGAAGCUCGCCGACAAGCUGAAAGCCGUGCCGGGGCCGAACGCGAGCGUCGGGAACAAUCUGCUCAAGGCGAUCCCAAGAGGGCCGCUAACAAAGCGGCGAUUGAGAAUUGGCGAAUGGAAAAUGCUCGGCGGCAAGACCCUGCCCGACCUGCCUCGCGUCUGGGUUCUCAACAACCUUAUGGACGACCUAUCAACCCACCAGCUGCUAAUCCUGCUAAGCCGCCCAAGAGAAAUAUGGACGAUGAGGCCGGCCACCGAGCAGCCGUCUCUAAGCCUAGCAAUGUCCAGCCUUCUGGUGAAGCUAAGCGUCGAAAGACUGAGGAUGAGUACAAUCAAGGGCAAGCUGUGCGACAGGCAUCGGCCCGUCCAAUUCGCCAACCCAGCACCAUUCGAAAGCCUUCCAUGUUCGGUCAGUCUGGCAUUCAGACAGGUUCAUCUAUCUUGAAGGCCGGUCAACCUCAGAGACCAGGCCCUGGUCACCCAAUGGAUAUGUCCAAGCUGGCACACGGCAAGAUUCCUUUCGCCGAACCCAACCACGCACCUCCCCCAGCAGCACACAGGGCCCCUGCCCAGGCCUCUUCCCAACGCACUCCGGGCCCAGCCAAGCCGUCGCCCAAGUAUCCUAACGGUGACAGUAUCCACCUACCAGAGAUUGCCACCGAUAGCGAGGAUGAGGAUGACUCAGACUCCGAGAUGUUCCCAGUUCCCCAGUGGGCACAACCGAAGGAACUUCAAGAUCUGCUCCGACAACAGGACGGAAUGGAAGUGGACUCAAUCUUCGGGCCAAUCGCACCAUUCUCCCUAGAAGAAACCUUCAAGGGAGACAAGAAGAUCAAGAAAUACCGCGAGCGAACCAGCAGUGCUCACUGGUCUGGUCCAGACGGGCUUACACAAGAGGAAAUCCGAAGAGAUGUAGCCGAUCGACAACGACUACGCAUGGAUGGUGGGUGGUCCUUUAAUAGCUAG